GGGCUCGGCCCCUCCCCCCGCCGCGCCCCAGCUGAGAAGCGUCUGGAACCGCAUCCUUCCUCCGCAUCCUUGUCCUGCGACCGCAUCCUGCUGCAGCUGCCCGUUGGAGCCGCCUGACGCUCGUGCCCGCCCGCACAUGCAGGCGCCGGUGCAUACCUCCGAGUGACGCAGCAUCCCAGGGUGGCGUAUGUGUGAAAGCGAGUCUGUGACGUGACCUGCAGCCAAGCUUGCUGAGGGUCCGUGCCCUCCCGUCCAGCCACCCAUCGCAGCCUCAGCACAACCUCACUGCUCAACCUGUGCCCCCUCCCCAAGCCUCGUAGAGGAGACGUACACCGCCCCACAUCCCAGCCCAGCAGCCUACGGCGAGCGGGGAGCAGCUGAUCCGCUGUCGAAGGCACAAUUACAGCGCAGCGUGGAGGGAGGGGGCCGGUGGGAGGAGUAGGGAAGACCCCUCCCAUUCCACGGAGCUAAGUGUCUGUCGUGUGAAUGAGCCCAGCCAGCCUGCCCAGAGGGUCUGCAUGACUCAGGCAGGGAAAGGAAUUUUGCGGGGGGGGGGGCUUCCCAGGUGCAGCCCAGCCCCUACCCCAGCAUUCUGCCUGGAAGAAGGCGCCUAGAGCCAGACGCAGAGGGUCCGUUGGGCCCUCAAGUCUUCUUUUCUUCAAGAAGACGUGUCAUUGCCUGCCUGUCUCUGUUGCCAUGGAAACCCAAGAUGAUGUAACGUGGACGUCAUGCAGAGGCAGAGGAGUUGGAGCUUACGUUUGGCUUAAAGGGAACCCAGAGGCGGAGCUCGUAUGGAUAGGGGCCUCCUGCGGGAGAGGAGGGGGAGACCUCGGCCUUCCGCCUUCCAGGGGGCGUGGCCACCAAGCUGAGAUUGACAGGUUUGCGGGGGUGGGGGCUGUGCCCCCUCUGCCCCUCCCGGCUCCUGUCUGUAAACCGCAGGUUGGGUUUGAGAGUCGCGGGGCGUCUGCUGCGUGAACGACCCCAGCCCCCUCCCCCUGGAGGGCACCCUCCCCAGCCCCUCGCCAAGCUCCCCUAAAGGCCGGGGCGCUUACUGUCCCCACCUCGCACAGCCCUCCCCUGCAGUGCCCGGUCGUUCCCCCCGCCCUCCUCCGCGGCCCCCUUUCGGCGGUUUUCAUCUCUAUUUCCUUCUUCGCACGGAUCGCCCGACCUUCUUUUAUUUAUAUGUUGAUGGCUCCUUGUCCGUCCCUGCCUCGUGGAGCGUGGACGUCAUAUAAGCGCGGUACGAGCGAAGAAGGACAGAUGUCCCGCCCGCCUGGGGCAGGUACCCAGGUGCCCGGACGUCAUCCACAGGCCGAGGCCCGGCCAGGCUUCGACCCACCUCAGGAAGAGCACACCGCCCCAGCCUGGGGUGGGUGGGGAGUGGGGACGCUUUGCCGGUCUGUACGGCCCGGGCAAGGCGCGCACAUCCGGGGAAGGGCGCCGGCUCAAGACCCUAAGAGAAGCCUCCUCCGCGGGCGCCUGGGGAGUGAGUCCACGAUGGGGCGGCCCCUCUCCCAGCCUGGGCCGGGGGCUUCCUGCCCUCCCCACAGUGGCCGCCCCGAGCCUCCCUGCCCAGCGCCUCCCACACGUCCUGCAGGUCUGUCUGACUCUGCCGCUGGCAGGGGCUCCCCCUCUGCGUUCCCACCUGGCCUGCCCGCACCGACACCCACAGCAGGGCCUGGCUGCCGGGGUUUGAGUGAAGGCCUGGCAGGCACCUGCGGUGGUGGAGCUGAUGCCCAGGAGGGUCGCUCAGGACAGAAGUUUGGGGGUUGCAGGGUGGGUGCAGGCAGUGGCGAGGGAGGGGCCACAUUCGGAGGCCAGGGCGGAAAGCUCAGCCCGAGGUCCUCAUUAGGAAGGGGACAGCCAGGGCACAGUUGUCAAAAGGCUGUUCAGUCCUGGGAGAGGUCGUGGCCUGGCUGUGCCUCUGCUACCUGCCCGCUGUCGUUUGGUUUUGUUUGUUUUUAACCUUUUUUGUUGUGAAAUAUAACGAACUCAGAAGAGGACACGAAGCAAAUGUGCAGCCUAAUGAUUCGUCAUAAGUGAACCCCAGGCGUCCAGCAUCCAAGUGAAGACCGGAAACGCCCGCCCCGCCCCGAAGCCGCUCCCUCCCCCAAGGGCACCACGCGGGACUCUGCAGACGCAGGAGCAUUGGCCGCACCUCCGAGCUCCUGAGCGCGGGAUGGGGUCCUAGACAAGGCUGUUGUGUUUCUUUAUUCUCGACCCUUCAUGUGUGCCUGGCUUCUUCUGGCCGACGCUGGUUUUGUGAUUCAGGGCUGUUCUUGCAGGUAGCGUGGUCCCUUCCCUUCCCUGCUCUGACGACCUCGCAGAAACGCCUCUAUUCAUGUGCUUGUUCCACUGAGGAGAUGCCCCGUGGUGCGCGCGUCUGUGGGCAGUGCUGCUGUGCACGUGGGUGCACACCUGCCUUCCUGCGGGGUGUCUGCCCAGGAGUGAGUGAGGCCGUCACAGGAAGAGGACUGCCAUCCACCAUGGUGAAGCUGAACUGCAGCUUCUCGGGGAAGACAGGCUCCGGGGAAGGGGCUACCAUGGACAGCAUCCCUCUGAUCAGUCCCCUGGAUGUCAGCCAGCUACAGCCUGCGUUCUCCGACCAGGUUGUCAUUAAGACACAGACGGAAUACCAGCUGUCCUCCGGGGACCAGCCGACAAAGUUCUCCGACCUGGAGGCCCAGAAGCUGGGCGGCGGCCACCCAGAGGAUGCACGUGGCAGGAUGCCCACAGGGCGGAUGAUCGCCUUCACCAUGGCGCUCAUGGGCUGCCUCCUGAUCAUGUAUAAGGCCAUCUGGUAUGACCAGUUCAGCUGCCCCGACGGCUUCCUGCUUCGGCACAAGAUCUGCACCCCGCUGACCCUGGAGAUGUACUACACCGAGCUGGACCCUGAGCACCACCGCAGCCUCCUGGCAGCCAUCGGGGCCUACCCAGUGGGCCGCAAGCACGGCACGGAGACCCCGUGGUUGUCCGCGAGCUACCACGCCUUCAAGGAGGCGCCCAAGGCGCACAAGGCGCCCGCCCGCGCGGCCAUGGCGGCGGUCACCGAGCCCUCGAGGAAACCCUCGGGGAAGCCCUCGGGGAAGCCCUCCGGGGAGGCCUCGGCGCCAGGAGAGAAGGAGGCUGAGCAGAAGGUGGAGGGGAGCGCGCCGCCCCCAGCCCCCCAGUGAUGGCCUCUGGCCUCCGGGUCGCAGCCCAUCCGGCGUCCCACGCCGGCACCUGUGACCUCCCUCGCCCGACGCUCGCCGCUCUGUGGUCGCCGUGGUCGUGCCCCUGCUCCCAGGCCCCCUCCCUGACGCCCCCCGCCCCGUGAGCCUCUAGCUCUGUCGCUUUUCUCUGAGUAAAGAUUCACCUCCAUCUGGA